AUGAUCUUCGCCGCCCGUCAACUUCAGGAGAAGUGUCAGGAGAUGCGGACCCACCUGUACUCUACCUUCGUGGACCUGACGAAAGUCUUCUACACGGUGAAUCGUGAAGGACUGUGGAAGAUCAUGCAGAAAUUCGGCUGUCCGGAGCGAUUCACUCAGAUGGUGCGUCAGCUGCACGACGGUAUGAUGGCGUGAGUCACGGACAACGGAGCUGUCUCAGAGGCAUUCGCAGUGACCAAUCGAGUGAAGCAGGGCUGCGUGCUGGCGCCUACCCUCUUCAGUCUUAUGUUCUCUGCCAUGCUGAUGGACGCCUACCGCGACGAACGCCCCGGGAUCCGCAUCGCCUACAGGACGACGGUCACCAGCUGAAUCAACGGCGUAUGCACUUCCAAUCGCGCGUAUCCACAACCACCGUUCACGAACUCCUCUUCGCCGACGACUGCGCCCUGAACACCACCUCGGAAGAGGAGAUGCAACGGAGCAUGGACCUGUUCUACGCCGCCUGCGAGAACUUCGGUCUGGUCAUUAACACGCAGAAGACGGUGGUGAUGCACCAACCGCCACCCAACUCAGCCACAGCCCCCAACGCGUCGCCGCAAAUCAGCGUGAAUGGGACCCAACUGCAGGUGGUGGAGAACUUCCCGUACCUGGGCAGUACUCUCUCCCGCAAUACCAAGAUCGACGACGAAGUCGCCAACAGCAUCUCGAAAGCCAGUCAAGCCUUCGGUCGCCUCCAAAGCACAGUUUGGAAUCGCCACGGUCUUCAGCUGAGCACGAAGCUGAAGAUGUACAAGGCCGUCAUCCUGCCGACACUACUGUAUGGAGCGGAGACUUGGACGGUGUACGCAAAGCAGGCACGUCGUCUGAACCACUUCCACCUCAGUUGUCUUCGUCGCAUCCUGAGGCUAAAGUGGCAGGAUCGAAUCCCCGACACUGAUGCGCUGGAACGGACGGGAAUCCUCAGCAUCUACUCCAUGCCGAGACAAAUGCAGUUGCGCUGGAGCGGCCACCUGGUGCGCAUGGACGACGAGCGACUACUCAAACGACUCUUCUGCGGAGACGUCGCGACGGGUUCUCGCGUUCAAGGAGGCCAGAUCCGCCGUUACAAGGAUACUCUGAAGUCCUCCCUGAAAUGCCUGCAAAUCAACCCCACCAACUGGGAGGAGCUCGCACUCGAUCGACCGACCUGGAGGAAGACAGUGAAGACAGGCGCUGCGAUCUACGAAGCCAACCGCAUCGCUGCCGCCAAAGCGAAACGUGAAGCCCGCAAAUCACAACUUCGCCCGGUAAGCAACGCCGCCGCACAACCGCUUCCAUCGUGUCCUCGAUUUCAACGGACAUUCCGGGCUCGAAUCGGACUUGUUGGACAUCUUCGGAUUAACUGCGCCUCUCGAACGGCACCAACCAUCGUUCCCCCGCCUGCCUCUUCCUCCUCCUCUCCGCCGCCAACUAACCCUGACAAUUCUUCUGACCCACCACUUCCAUCAUCCUUCUCCUCCUCCUCCUCCUCCUCCUCGCCCACUGCUCCAACGGCGGCCGCUCAGGCGACUGUCCCGCGCACAGCAACCGACACUACCAUCACCUCCCCCGACUCCAGUGAUGAGGAUCAGGACUACACUUGCCCUCACUGCGACCGUACCUUCACCUCACACAUCGGCCUGGUCGGUCACUUGCGAAUCCAUCGCACAGAGCCUGGCGAACCAGUGCGUAAAGCACCAACCUACACCCACCGCACUCGCCUCCACUGUCCACACUGCCCUCGCACCUUAAGGCAUCGCAUGGGUCUAUUCGGCCACAUGCGCAUCCACGAGAGCGGCCUUGACCGCACUCCCAACACACCCACCACAUCCAUCGUGCACACCCCCACCCUCGUUGCAUCCAUCCGCGCCACCACCACCACCGCCUCCUCUGUAGCUGACACUGACACCUCCGACUUCUAA